CACUGCUGGGGACUGACUGACUGGCGGCACUGCUAGGCAUUGACUGGUAGCACUGUUGGGCAUUGACUGGCGCAACUGCUGGGCACUGACUGGUGGCACUGACUGGCAGCACUGCUGGGCUGCACUGAUGGGCACUGGUGGGUGGCAUUGGUGGUCACAGGUGGGUGGGCACAGGUGGGUGGCACUGCUGGGCACAAGUAGGUGGCACUUAUGGAUGGCACUGCUGGGCACAGGUGGGUGCACUGCUGGGCACAAGUGGGCGGAACUGGUGGGUGGCACUGCUGGGUACCGAUCAUCAGGGCACUGAUCAUCAGUGCCCUGAUGAUCGGUGCCGAUCCCUGCUCUAACAACUGCCGGGUCUCGGCAGUACUUUCCUCACGAUCUGACAGCGUGAGGAAAGUGCAGCCAAGAACCGGCAAUUGC